UCUGUAUCUCGCAGGUGUCGUCCGCCCCGGGCUCUCCAUAUGAUACACUAGAGGAUCGUCGAGAUCACAGCCAAGAAGAAAGUGACAAUGGCGAAGCAGCUCUGCUGCGUCGUGCUGUGCAGCCUCGCGCUUGCGAGCGUCUCCUCGUUCGACAUCAGCUUCGGCGACGUGACGGAGGUGCUGAAAUUCAGCCGCGAGGUAGUGACGGAUGUGCUCGAGUCGUACCACAUGAUCAAGCCCAAGCGACCCGGCGACGAUGACACGGACUUCCCGUUCGUCAAGAGGAUGGAGAAGCGACUGAUGAAUCACAUAACCCAAGUCUCCAGGAAGAUCGACGUCUUCGAGGGUAGACUCGAGCACAGGACGGAGAUCGUACUCGACGCGAUCCUCACCAAAGUGCCCGAGCGCGAGAUGCUCGAGUCGUCGAUGCACGACCUCUGGAAGUAUCUCGGCCAGAUCGAUAAUCUCUACCAGAACUUCCUGCACUACGCCUCGGCGCCCCAGAGGUACGAGCAGUACACCAUGGAGGAUUUCGCCAAAAACGCCGUUAGCUCCAGUCUGAACGCGCUGCCGGAUGUGCUCAAGAUGAUUCACAGGCUCGUCGUGCCGCCCAACUGGGACGUCGACAUCUUCCACAGGAGCAUCCUCACGCUUCUCGCUAAGAACAUGCAGUACACGGUCUAAAGUCACUCGACCCAACGCGAUGGGUCUGAAGAUCCUUCUGCUCCUAUCGCUGAGCGCGAUAGCAGCCCAAGCAGCUCGGGCUCGCUCAAAGGAGUUCACCCAGGUGGACAAAUUACGCCAGGCUAUCCUGCGCAUGGACGAUGAGAACCAAGAUCCUAUGUCCAACUCCUGGAACAAGGACGUUUCCUACCAGGACCUCUUCAAGAAGUACAAGGAGUUCGGCGACGAGAUGGACCGACAGUUCCCUAACGACAUCGAGCCUCACCUCGAGGCCCUCAACAGCCUCUGGCUAUGGGCCAGGACACAAUCCGAGUUGAGAAGCAUCGACGGGAUGUACAUGACGUUCAGGAAGAUGCAGAGAGAUCUGGUGGAGAAACAGGAGCCACUGGACAUCAAACAGUGGGCGAAUUUCGCCAGUACUAUGCUGAGCGACGCGAACGUCGCGAUUCCACCGGCACUCGAGAGAAUCUCCGAUUUCAUCGUACAUCAGUAUCUCUUCGUUUCCGCCUAUAAGGAAGCUUCGACGCAGAUAUGCAACACGCAGCAGUCUCCGCAGCAGCUGCUCUACAAUUUGUACAACAAGAUCGCUCUGACCGAGAUCAAGGGCUACACGAUGAUGCAGUUCUCCUGGACUCUUCUCAAGCUCUAUAAUAUUGGCAACUUCACCGAGGAAAUGGAACAACUGAAGCAGCAGUACGCCAUCAGAACGUCCGAGACUUUGAGGGCCGUCAAGACGGCUAUGGUCUUCGCUCCGAGAGAGGUCUGGAAGUGCGAUCCCAUCAAGCACAAGCUCGACGUCACCUACACCGAACUGAAGCAGGUCUUCCAGGGCUACCUCGUCAACGAGGUCGACAUGAACCCCCAGAGUACGUGCAAGGAGAACUGCGCCUACUACAGCUAUUCCAAAGUCCACGGAUGUUAUCAGAAUCAGUUCUGCUCGACGCAGCGUCGUUGCAACGGCAAACUCAUAAACUGCCAGUACAUAGACUCGGACAUGUGGGUCUGCCCUUCGGACAAGAGCAGCACUCGCCGCUACGAGUACAUCGAGUACGAGAACGGCCAGACUUUCGGACAGAAGGGAACGUGCAAACGGCCCACGACUAAAGUCGACAGCUGGUGGCGUUGGCUUUUCUGGCACUGCAGCUACUGCAUGUGCACUUGCGACGACCACAACUCCAGCUCCGACCGUUACUUCAAUUUGCGGGAUGUCACCUCGGACGUCGACAAUAACAAAGUCGUUACAGGGGUGCGCUUGAAGAAGGAGAACCAGAUCAUUCACAUUCAGAUUCAAGAGGGCACGCUACUGCCGCGUGGCAACAUCGAUGGAAGUAGCGUUGCUUGGAAGAAGAUUGACAACUAUACCAUUAUCGAUGCGAACGUGAGAGCCGGUGUCGACUACCAUACGAUCAUGUGGGAGAAGCGGGCCGUUGACCUCGACGACCUCGACUCGCCGGCCGAUCACCUUCUGACUGGAUUAAGGUUCCGAGUCAUCGGCACACACUUGAAUCUCGAGAUUCAGAUGACCCCCUUCAAUUUCACCACGGGACAGCUGAUCAAGGAGAAGAGCCUCUGGCACUCGCACGACACCACCGAGGCCAGUGAAGUUUAUGAUCUCAACGGCGAAACUCAACAAGCCAAGAAAAGGACUGAAUUGAAACUUAACAAGCCUGACAUCCCGACACGCUCAGUGGCUCAGGCAGUGCCAGACUCGCAGACCAACCAGUAUUUGCUAUUUGUGCCUACGGACUUGGGCAAGGACGCGGCUCAGAGUACCGUGCCGUUCAUUGAUACACAAUCGGUCGAACCGAAGCCACCGGUACCAAUCUCCGGCGCCGGUAUCUUCCACAAGGGCCGUGACGGCUUCGGCGGUUUCCUAUCGCUCAAGCUGAUCACGUACAAUUUCGAGCCACAGCUACACUCUGAUCUACCACCCGCACCUCCGGCCAUUGGCCUUAGCAACGACGUCAACACGAUGUGAGGCAGAAUACAGUGAGAUACCCGGAAGAGGAGAGUCACAAAGACGGAGGAGACAUCCAAAGAAUCCGCCUCGACGACAGGGGAUGGUGCUCUAGUGCUUGCGAUAGAUUAUACUCGGAUCUAUACUCAGCGGUUGAACGACUCGCGCAAGGGAAAUUCAUUGAGCCGCUUACGAGGAAUGAAUCACGAACGAUAUCUCUAUACAUUUUCCUCUCGAACUUAUAUUUCUUUUUUCUAUUUAGCCGAUAGUUAAAAUUUGUUCCCUUUUUUCUACGUUCUUGUUUCACAUAACUGAUAUGUGCAUGACUUAGCGAUUAAGUUGAGAUUUUGUUUCUGCGGACAACACUUGAAUUUACUGUGAUUUUACUUUACCGUUCACGGAAAAAAAUAUGUACGUGCAGUGCCACUUUGUUUGGCAGAAACAUAAUAUGCGUUACCUUUGUACAACGUGAAUAAAUCUUUUGUAAUAGAAAAUAAA